AUGGCGUUCAACAACGACAUUAUACAAAUGAUCACACGUCGCACGUCCCAUCUCACUAGCGAGGUGAAAGCCAAGGUCCGACCGCUCGUCGAGAGCAUUUACGGGUUUGAGUCAAGUGCGAGAGAAUCAGUCAAAUCUCGUAACCGCCAGCUCGCUCAACAGCUCAAACACAAGUUCGGCUUGUGCUACCGCAGCCUCGGGGAUAAAAAGAAGAACCUCCCUCGCAGCGGGCUGUUUCAAACCAAGUUAACCCAGAAGGCCGCCAAUCUAGUCUGGUACUGCAACAAAAAGGACGAAGGUAUCGUCUUCGCAAAGUAUUUUACUCCGUUCGCCAUUCCGGCCAUAGCCUUAUGCUACACAGCGGCCGAAUGCUGUAUCGAUGAGUGGGCUGAUGGGGAACGUGUCGACAUCAGUUUUUCGGGUGACGAAUACAAGGAAGUUUACGCCAAACACCUUGCUAACCUCAACAAGUUCAAUUCGCGUACUAAGGACCAUGGAAUACUCGACACCAUUCAGAAGGAGAUCAAUGAUGUUGGCCGACAUGCCAAAGCAGAGCCGAUUGACGUUGCAGAUGACGACUGCUUAUCCGAUGACGAUAUUCAACAUGCGAUUGAGGAGUUUCAGAGGGGUAGCGAGGACAAUGAUACCCUUGUGUCUGGUUCAGUUGAUGAAAGCAUUCGGGUGUGGGAUAUUGGCACUGGCGAGGUUUUGGGUGCGCCCCUCCAAGGCCACACUAGCACGGUCGGUCUACUCUGCUGCAAUCUCCCCGAUGGAACUCAUGUUGUGUUUGGUUCACACGACAGAACCAUUAGGGUGCGGGAUAUACACCCUCGUGACGCAUUCGGUACUCUUCUCAAAGGUCAUACUGGCUGGGUUCAGUCCAUUGCCAUCUCGCUGGAUGGCAAUCGCAUAGUAUCUGGUUCAAGUGAUAGGACAACCAGGGUGUGGGAUAUGGAGAGUAGCGAGGCAGUGGGUGACCCUCUCAAAGGCCAUUCUGCCUCGGUUUUGUGUGUUGCAAUCUCUCAGGACGGGAAACACAUUGUGUCUGGUUCAACUGACACAACCGUCCAGGUGUGGGAUAUAGGCAGUGGCAGGGCACUAGGUGCCCCUCUGCAAGGGCACACCGACUAUGUUCGCUCUGCUGCAUUCUCACGAAAUGGGCACCACAUUGUGUCCGGUUCAGAUGACAAGUCGAUCCGGGUGUGGGAUAUGAAGACUGGCCAGGGAGUGGGUCCCACUUUCCAAGGGCACACCGGAAUCCGGAUGCGUUCUAAGACAACCAUCCGGGUCUGGGAUAUAGAAUUUCUCAACCAACCCCACCCUUCCAAAGUGCCAGCUGUGAUGUGCUUUUCACAUAACCCAUUCCACGCUCUUCAUUCCGCCUCCUCCUUUCUCCAGGAUUUCUCAACCCCAGUCUCUGUUGCUACAAACAAGGAUGGAUGGGUUGUAGGUCCUGACGGACAUCUUCUCUGGAUCUCACCCAUUUUGCACCCAGCGGUGUAUGCCUCAGGCAACACGAUAGUCCCUCACAAAUCGACUUGAGUUGUUUUGCGCAUGGCACGUCUUGGCACACGUGUCGGGAACAGCAGGCUGCCCUGUCUUCGUUAUGAUACCCUUGUAUGUCGCGC